GAGAGGGGUAAGGAAGGAGAGGGGGAAGGAGCAGGAGAGGUAAGGAGAGGGCAGGGAGGAGGAGGCCGCGUGCUGCUUGCUAUUCAGUGUACUCAGGCCACGAGGCUCGGCGGUGUCCCGGGAUGGCGGAGGCUAUGUUGGAGCCCUUCGCCCUCCUGUAGGACGGGAGAAGUUGUCCUGUAGAUGAUGUACGAGGACAGAUGAUCUCGCGGAAACCAGGUUGCCGCACGCCGCCACACGCCGGUCCCCGCUCAUUGAAGCCUCCACACGGGGCAGCCACGGACGGAGGUAUGGUGCAAAAUACAUGAACGCCUCGUAAACAGAGCGAAAAAAUAUAGACCUUUCAAAUAUUUUCGUUCAUCCCCCGAGGACACCAGUUACCGAGCGGCCACCACCACCACCACUGCCGCCUCAGCACCACCCCUCGUCGCGGUUAGUUGGGUAGUUGGUCAGUGUCCUGGCGGCGGCGCGGCGGUGGUGGCGGGUGAGUCGCGAGAAUCGUCAACACUGAAGCGCAAUCCCUCAGCACAGAACGCGUGUGGAGCCGAGAUUUUCAAGUGUUUGCGACGUCGAUUAGAAAACAGCGAGAGUUGUGUUCAGAGUGUGCCUGGGUUUCGUCGUGGGGUCGCUGUGUGUUACUGAGCCGACGCGAAGAAGGACGAGAUUGACAAGAAACCUGUUGAAGCCUGGAGUGUUUGUACAAGGCAGCGUCGAGCCCGAGGGAAGGGAGGAGCAGAACGGGGAAACUACCGCCGCGAAACUAACAACGCCACGGCCACGACGCGUCAUCUGCUGAAGUCAACGAUAACAAAUAAACCCUCCACACACACACACACACACACACACACACACACACACACACACACACGGAUAAUAUAAAUACACGUUAAUAAGUAGUCAUGGCGGAGGGCAGGACACACGGACUGCAUCGCUUGGUGGAGGCGGCGACCCUGUAAGCAUCCAGACCACGUGAUGGGAAAGGUGAGAGGGCCAUCACACCACCUCCACCACCACCAACACCUCCACCUCCACGCUCCUGGCCCCCUCCCCACCUGUGUCCACACCCUCCAUCGUGACCAUCGUGAACUCAUGUGCUGCCCAUGCGCUCGUGACUCGUCUUUGGAGGAUUCGCAAUAGUCAACACAGGGAUAACGCAUCGACACACUCACACCUCCCUUCACUCAGUCGCCGUCAGGCGUGACGCUCGGCUGAGAGGGAGAGAGCCGGCCACCUCGCACCACUCCAAACACGAAACCAACCCCACGACUUCAAGAUGUCCUUCAUCAACGAGACAGACGUUUCGGACAGCGUCGAUGACUACGACCUCAGUUCCAAUAGGACCAUUCCGGACAUGGUGGACGAGAUGUGUCUGCAGACGUACAACAGCGUCAACGCCACCAUGCCGGCGCCCAAGCUGAUGCGAUUUGUGGUCUACGGCGUCCUCCUCACCUCCGUGGGUCUUCUGGGUCUGGCGGGGAACUUCAUCUCCAUUACUAUUCUCUCCAGGCCCAAGAUGCAGUCGUCCAUCAACUGUUGCCUGAUCGGCCUCACGUCGUUCGACAUGAUCGUCACCACCACGUCCAUCCUCAUGUUCGGGCUGCCGGAGAUAUGUGAAUACACGCAGACCAUGGUGUGGUACACGCAGGGCAUCUACCAGCUCAUCACACCCAUCAUCUUCCCGCUGGCCCUCAUCGCGCAGACCGGCUCCGUGUACCUCACCGUCACCGUCACCAUCGAGCGGUACAUAGCCGUGUGUCGCCCCCUCCGGGCCCGCCUGCUUUGCACCUACGGCCGCGCCAAGGUGUACGUCAUGUGUGUGGCCAUCUUCUCCAUCGUGUACAACCUGCCGCGUUUCUGGGAGGUGUCCACGAAGGAAUGCAUCAUUUCGAAGGACGAGAGCAUGAGGAUCGUCAUUCCUACAGUGCUGAGACGCAACCCUUUCUACAUCGAGAUCUACAUCAUGUGGCUGUACCUCCUCGUGAUGUACCUCGUCCCCUUCCUCUGCCUCAUGAUCUUCAACUUCUUCAUUUACAGGGAGGUCCGAGCAGCCAACCACGAGCGCCAGCAGCUGUCCCGACUCCAGAGGAAGGAGAUCGGCCUGGCGGUGAUGUUGCUGGUGGUGGUGUCUGUGUUCUUCGUGUGUAACGUGCUCGCCUUCAUCAUCAACAUCUUGGAGCUCAUGGCUAUCGUGGUCGAGGAGCUGACCAUGACCAGCAAUCUUCUCGUCACCAUCAACUCCUCGGUCAACUUUAUUAUUUACUGUAUAUUUGGACAGAAGUUCCGGAAGUUGCUUCUCCAAAUGUUCUGUUCGAGUUUGCUGCCUCGAGUGGCGAGAGACGCGGCCAUGGAGUCGGCCGUGUUCCGGAACAACAGCAUCUACGGCGAGUCCCGCACCUUCACCAACGGCAAGACGCAGACGUUCCGGUUAUCAUCAUGGAAUGGGGCGCACAAUCAGGGCAGAGUGUUGCAGCCCCACCCAAAUCGUGGCCACCACGGCUUUUGUGGCCAGUCAUGGCGCACGUCUCGAUACUCCAGUGUUCCGGUGGGAGAAAAUGCCGCCCCCAGCUCGGCGCCAUCACUGUUUACCGCCACCCGAAAUCAGUCAUUAUUGCCACAGCGCUCCCCCACAGAGAACGUGCAGGUCCUCUGAACAUGUUUCUCCCUCACCUUACGAAAAGUGUAGGGUGCUCAGUCAAGGCGCGGCUUUGCCUCACAUUGACUUGUACCUUGACUUUAGUGAAUCUCAGACUGCGCUGUGGUACUUAAAGAAAUUCUGUAUAGCUAAUAAGACUUAAGACUUUUAUACUGAUACGUUUGUGCUGGCAGAGGCUGGCCAACUGGACGCCCUCCCUGUAGAGUCGAGCCAUAUGCGGGGGAGGCCGCCGACCCGUCAUCGAGGGUUGCUCCCUAAACAUUCCAUUUUGCCGCAUCGAAAGGCCUAGCUCAGAGUAAACUCAGAAUGCUCAGAAGAGAUAAAUCCUGUAAUCAUGCCAUGGAGCAGCUCAGCUGAGGGAUGGAGUAGCUGUUAUCUUCCAUCUACACCUGGAAGAUGGGUAACACAAGAAGCGGAGCAAAGGUGCUCUGUGAGGUGUGUGACCCAUCAGGAGUGGCUUCCUCUCUUAUAGGCGUGAUGAGCCAAUAUAUCAAGCACAGAGAGCCUGUAAAGGGAUGUUGGUCCACUGCCACAGCGUCGCCCUCGUCACUCAUCGACAAGUUGUGGCACGAGACUUUGCCUGGCAACAAUACUCAGCGUGUCCUCCCCUUCUGUAGCCGACCUGGUGGCCUCACAGGCGUCCAUUGGUGACCCGAGUCCUCGGCGCCAACACGGAGAACAGACCUUACUGGAAACACUCCCUCAACUUGCCCUUUCUUUCCCGGGGAUAUCCAGGUGCUGAUAGUGAGCGGUGUUCGAUGUUAUAAUAGAAAAUCAUACCCCCAAGGAUAUAAUUAAUAUGUAUCUCAACUAACAUAACAAAGGUGCUCAUGAUUACCCUGAGAGAGUUUAUGUCAAGGAAAUUGCUUCAUGUAUACUAUUGAGUGGAGGCCAGGGAGGCCACCGGGGCGUCCUGGGACAGUGUGCAGGCCGCUGCUCCUGACACAGACAGCCUCACUGCACCCCGGCCCGCCACGGAGGCCUCACAGGCAGACGGCCCUGCGAGGCCACGCGUAAUGGCAGCUUACGAGGCCUCACAGAGCCUCAUGAGAGCAGCUGUGUCACUCCGACGUUAAAUAUUAAAGCAUAUAUAUUAAUUCUAAGACUGUUACACAUACGAGGUAUGAGUAUUAUAUCCAUUCCUUAUAUACAUAUUGUCCUACUCAUUAGCACAUCGCUGGUUAAAUUUAUCGGCGAAGUUUUAUUUAUAAGGCUAAUUCCUAAAAAAAUAGGCACUUAUUGGAUAAAAUUCCUCUUAAAGCAAUUCUAGUCAAAAGCAAAGCGGAAAUAAAGGCAUUACUACUGUUCCAUGGGGUUGGGGAGCCGCCGCUAUCGUGAUGAGGAGGGUGUGGCGAGGCGCGCCGCUGCUGCUGCUGCUGCUGUCCACGCAGCCGCCUGCCGCCCGCCGCUGCUCCGCUGGCGCCGCCUUCCUGGUGUCGGCGGACUGGCGUCGGCGGAGCACCAGUCUUUACAAUAAGUAGAAAGACAUGAUAGAGUAAUAGAGACGGAGAUACAUAUUUUUUAUAGUAAUACAAAGCCGUAUAUACUAACUGUGGGCGUCUUGUCCCGGUGGCUGGACGUGGGAAAGGGAGAGGAGGGGAGACGGAGGGGAAUGGUUCAUGCUGUCUGCGUUUACGACGUCUUAUUGUAGAGUGAACAUGGUCGUAUAUUCUUGUUUUCCUUUUUCACUGUGCUACGACAAUAACAGUGCGAUGGUGUUGUGCUUUUUUUGUGUGUUUAUAUUCUCAGUGCGGGACAACACAUUCUCACGCGGCGGAGUCUUGACAAUCAUUUCAUUGGCCGGGGUUUGCGUGACGUCAGGAGGACAAGAUUUUUUUUAAUAGGUUCAAUUAAAUGAGAAGUUCAAGUACUGCUUAAUGAUUUAAGUCCCGGGUUGCACACACACACACACACACACACACACACACACACACACACACACACGUAUUUGAAGCCUUAUUGACCUCUUGCUAUCAGAUACACUACUUAGAUGUAGAUAGACAAACAGGUUAGUGUUGUACAUAUCAAUAUUUUUUUUGAUAGUUUAUCCGACAGGAUUGAACCGUUUUGUGCUAUAAAGAUGAAAAUUAUCAAAGAAAUUUAAAAAAGAGAACGUGGCUUGAAUGAAUAUGGAAAGGAAUACAUAAUGAGUGUGUAUGUGUGUGUGUGUGUGUGUGUGUGUGUGUGUGUGUGUGUGUGUGUGUGUGUGUGUGUGUGUGUGUGUGUGUGUGUGUGUGUG